AGAAAAAUAGUACAUGAAAUAAUAAAUUAAUUGGCUUUGUGUUAUUAAGUGGACAACAAUUGCGUUUAAACAGUGUUAAUUCUGUGAAAGAAUAUACAUUUUUGGAUCAAAUAAUAGUUUGAAUAGGAUAUUGCGUAUAUCUCUAACAGUUAUUUGUUUUCUUAGUCAAAGCGAUGCGUAUGUUGAAACUUAUGUUACUGUUAGCUUACAUAGCAGUAUUCUUCGUCCAGCCGACAAACCAGUCCUACGUGAACUGUGGCGGCCACAUCUUCAUUAUACCACGCUUAAAGUCAUCUCCAAAUGAAGCAGAAUUCAAAUGCCGAAAUCUUGGUUUGCACUUGGCCACGUUCCUGGACAAGGACGUCGUUGAAAUUGAACAGGCGUUGAUUAGCUGUGGUGAACUAGGACUCCUUACACGCGGUGAAAUGUACCUGAUUGCGCCACGAAAAAACGACAAUUGCACUUAUUUGAAAGUAAGUAAUGACGAAGGCAGUCUCGUUCAACAAGGCUUCGAAAUAUCAGACAACUGCUCUACGGAUUCUUAUCUUAUUUGUGACGCCAAACACAUGUCGCCCGGUUUCGAGGAAUGGUUUCAAACAGACGAUCAAGACGAGAGUCUUUUUCGCGUCUCACAAGAACAGACGAACUGCACAGAAUGUCUCAGUAAAUGCCAGAAAGUCAGUUUUGGAAUACUUGCGUCCUUUAGCGACUCAAUAAUAGAGGCUAUUUUGCGAACUAAUGCUACAUUCUUGACUAGUGUGGGGUUGCAGAUGUGGAUGAAGUCUUCCAAUGAUUCGUGUAUCCUUGUCAAUGGUACAUUCUAUGCCAUGAUCGAUACUUCUGCGAAAGAUUUGGAACUUCCGGGUCGUUGUGUCUGUCAAAAGUUCAUUCCAAAAUUUUUACCGAUGCAAGGUCGAGUGACGUCUAACGCGGUUACGACGCAUGCUUCUCAAACAACUGAUAAACUGACAACUGAUCAGGUGAUAAAUGAUAAGCUUACAACAAAUAAGAUUACUGACGAUACGCUUAACACCGAUAAUGCGACAACAGAUAAGCUGAAAACGGAUAAGGUGACAACGGAUAAGCUGACAACUGAUAAGCUGACAACGGAUAAGGUGACAACGGAUAAGCUGACAACAGAUAAGCUGACUACGGAUAAGGUGACAACAGAUAAGCUAACAACGGAUAAGGUGACAACAGUUAAGCUGACAACUAAUCAGGUGACAACGGAAAGGCUGACAACAGAUCAGGUGACAACCGAUAAGCUGAUAACGGAUAAGCCUACAACAGAUAAGAUGACAGCAUAUACGCUGACAACCGAUAAGCUGACAACAGAUUAUCUAACAACUGAUCAGGUGACAACGGAUAAGCUGACAACCGAUAAGCUUACAACCGAUAAACUGACAACAUAUAAGCUGACAAUGGAUAAGUUAACAACCGAUAAGCUGACAACGGAUAAACUGACAACAGAUAAGAAGACAACCAAUAUUGUGGCAACGGAUAAGCUGACAACGGAUGAGUUAACAACCGAUAAGCUAACAACAGAUAAGCUGACAACAGCUAAGCUGACAACAGCUAAGCUGACAACAGAUAAGCUAACAACUGAUCAGGUGACAACGGAUAAGCUGACAACGGAUAAGCUAACAACCGAUAAUCUGACAACAGAUAAGCUAACAACAGCUAAGCUGUCAACUGAUAAGCUAACAACUGAUCAGUUGACAACGGAUAAGCUGACAUCGGAUAAGCUGACAACAGAUAAGCUAACAACUGAUCAGGUGACAACGGAUAAGCUGACAACGGAUAAGCUGACAAUCGAUUAUAUGACAACCGAUAAGCUGAUAACGGAUAAGCUGACAACGGCCAAGCUAACAACUGAUAAGCUAACAACGGAUAAGCUGACAACGGAUAAACAAUCAACCGAUAAGCUGACAACAGAUAAGCUCACAACAGAUAUGCUGGCAACUGAUAAGCUUACAAAAGAUACGCUUACAACCGAUAAGAUGAAAAGUGAUUAUCUGAGAACAGAUGCGCUUAAGACAGAAAACCUUUCAACCGAUAAGUUGACAAGCGUUAAGCUGACAACUGAUACGCCCAACUGGCUGAUAGUUGAUUUGUUCGAAUAUCUGGUGUCAAAGGAUCGGUUAAAUUACAGCUCAGCUGUUUUGUUGUGCCGCGAUUUUAAUGCUACACUUAUGACUUUCACAAGCAUGUUAAGGUAUUUUCAAAUUAUUGAGCUACUUGCUCUCGCCAAGGAUCGCUUUUGGAUGAACGAUCAGAAUACCUCUUCCACCCAGUGCCUCACCAUGGAUACGGAUCAACGUCAUCUCGGAACGACUGAUUGCCUGGUGGAGUUCCCGUUCGUCUGCUCCAGAUUCAUAUAUCACGACAAUCCUUCGCAAGUCCUGUCGGAUCCUUCAUUCGUGAACAUGAUCAAAGAAAUGACAGUGAAGAAGAACGCUACUUCAAAGUCUACCAGGAUGCUGACAAGUGCACGGGAUAAUCGACUCGUUGCUAAAACUUGCGGUGGAUUUGCAAUUGCUUUGGUGUCCGGAGUUUUUAUAUUCUUGAUGUUCAGCGAUAUAUCCAUGGCUGUUUUAAAAUGUGUGCAAGUGUUAAGAUCACUUCUUCGGUGAUGCGCACAUUGACUCUGUUGCGACUGAACAGGGGUUUCUUUGAAAUCAUCGAUAGAUAUGCACACGUUUAAAUAUCCGUGUUUCGUUAUACUCAUCUGGUCCAAUGCACAAUAUGUAAUCUUUGUACGAGUUAGUAAGGGUGUCCAUGCCCUAUUUGAUGAUUGUUUUAAAAGAUGUGUGCAUUUUUAUAGAUCCUUUUUUGACCAUUUACGUGCCCCAUAUGAACAAUAGAAAUGGUGAAGUGGUUUGAAUUAAUUGUUUUUAUUUUAUUUUGCAACAUGUGUGCACAUUAUAUCAUAUUUAGCAAUUGAGUCUUUUCCUUAAAUAA